AUGAGUGCCAAUAAGUACGCCAAUCUCCCAGAUAUUGAUACCGCCCCCGAUGUGUACGAAACGGAGGACGUGUUCCCGUCGUCUAACGACAAUAAAGGCGACUCCAGCGAUGAUGAGUUGAACGUGGCCGCUCGUUCGCAUGGAAGAGGAAAGAAUGCAGAAGCCUCGGGGAGGGAAGAGAUCGAUUCCAACAAUCUUAUGGAGAUGGAGGAGGCCAGCAGAAAAUUCAGGAAAGCCGAGAGAAAACAACAUCGACCGCGGAUACUGUAUGCAUAUCCUCCCUCACCUACGUCGCCCACAUCGGCGUCCGAGACACCAGCAAUCCCGCUCUCUCAGCGGCUACGAGUCAUUGAAGCGAUGCUUGCCGAGGUGGAGACGGAGUUGGCCGACCCAUCAAAUCCAUUGCUCAAGCAGGAGAAGGACGUCGAGCCUGGUGACCUGAACAGACGCAUGGUGGAUGCGAAGGGACGGCUGGAGAAGAUAAGCAAGUUAAAGGAAGGCCGGGGAAAGUUGGUGAGCGUUGUUCUCGGAGAAGAAGAGAAGAAAGACAAGGACGAAGCCGACAAGGAGAAGGAACGAAGAAGUAAGCCCGACAGUGACGACGGCGUUAUGGUAGAGGUUGAGGAGAAGGGUAAGACCCCCGACAUCAAGGACAUUUCUGAGAUGGACCGCCGCGUCGGUGAACUGGAGAAGACCAUGGGCUCUUCGACCGCUUCGUUGGAUGAGCUGUCCCCACUGCCACUCCCGCUCCUGCCGCUGCUGACUCGUCUUAACUCCCUAUUGACACUUCUCACGCAACCGCGUCAUGUCGACGCUAUCGCUCGCCGUAUAAAACUCCUUCUCUCAGAUUUCGACCGCCUCUCUAGCAUAAGCGCCCAACAGCACGGCGGGCAGCGCCGCCAGUCUUCACACCCCCAUGUUGGCGCAGCGUCCUCUCCGCAUCCCAACACAGCACCUGCACCCACUGUGCCGGCGCCAAGCCCGCUCCCAGACCAACUCACUCCUAUCCUCACGCGCCUCGCUCCCCUCCUCCCGCACAUCCCCCAUGUCCUUACGCGCCUCCGCACGCUGUCCGCCUUACACACGUCUGCGGCGUCGUUCCAGAGCACGCUCGAGGGCCUCGAGGAGGAGCAGCGCAGGAAGCACUCGGCGCUCGAGGAGCUGGAGCGUGCAGUGCAAGGAGUGGAGACCAGCAUGAAGGACAACGAGAGCAUGGUGAAGACGAAUGUGAACGAGAUAGAGGAAAGGGUGGAAAGUGUCGGACGGAGGAUCGAGGAGCUGCAUGUCAGCAGCUGA